GGUGCAGUCGGGGCAAAGCAGUUCCAGUGUAGAGGACAAGAGUCCAAACUACAACACUGCCCCACUGCAGCCAGGUCAAAGCAGCGCUGCUCCCAGAGUAGAGCUGUGAGUCUGACUUGUACAGGAUACACAGGGUUCAGGCUGGCGAACGGCUCUGACUCCUGCUCUGGCCGAGUGGAGUUACAGUGGUUCUUCAAGGACUGGGGGACAGUGUGUGACCUGUACUGGGACCUGACAGAUGCCAGGGCUCUCUGCCAGCAGCUGGGCUGUGGGGAGGCUGUAGCAGCACCAGGACAGGCCAGGUUUGGACAGGGCAGUGGACCAGUAUGGGCUGAUGUGUUUGAGUGCCAGGGCAAUGAGAGUCGUCUCUCACACUGCGCUGUCUCUUCAUGGGGCAGAGCAGGGUGCUCUCAUGGACAGGACGCAGGAGUCAUCUGCUCUGACUCAAAUAUGACCAGAGAUUCACCUGGAGCAGGCUUCCCUUCUUCAGCUGUACCCUCUUCCAAAACACCAGAUCAGCUGUCCCUCAGGCUGGUUGGGGGAGGAGAUGACUGUGCUGGGAGGCUGGAGGUUUAUCAUAAUAGGUCCUGGGGGACAGUCUGCGAUGACUCCUGGGACCUGGCAGACUCUCAGGUGGUGUGCAGGCAGCUCCAGUGUGGGACGGCCCUCAGUUCCCCAAUGAUGGCCUCCUUCAGCCAGGGAACUGGUCCCAUCUGGCUGGACGAGGUGGGCUGUCUGGGGAACGAGUCGUCUCUGUGGCAGUGUCCCUCAGUAGGGUGGGGACAGCACGACUGUGGACACAAGGAGGAUGUGAGAAUCCUGUGUUCAGAUCACACUCUCCUGAGGUUGUCUGCAGGAUGUUCAGGACAGGCAGAGGUUUACUACAAUGGCACCUGGGGCAGCAUCUGUGCCAACGGCAUGACAGACACUACAGCUGCAGUGAUCUGUAAACAGCUGGGCUGUGGAGACAAGGGCACCAUCAGAGAGACAAACUCCAGGCUGAGGCCUGAUCCCAAAUGGCUGGACUUUAUCUCCUGUCGCAAACACGACUCCACCCUGUGGCAGUGUCCCUCCUCCCCCUGGGGUCAGAAUGACUGCACAGACCGGGAAGUGGCUAACAUCACCUGCUCAGGUCCUAGAAAAGAAGCUGACAGAAGCACUCCAGCCCCUCAGGAAGAGCAGCCUCAGCUGUACUGCCCAGUCCCACUGGCUCUGCGCCUGGCUGGAGGCACUAACUGCUCUGGCCGGGUGGAGCUGCGGUAUGAGGGCUCCUGGGGGACAGUCUGUGAUGACUCCUGGGACCUGGAGGAUGCCCAGGUGGUCUGCAGACAGCUGGGC